GAGCACAACAGCACAUUACUCAGCAGCGAGGGCCUAAGAGUCGUCCGAGUCACUAUCCGACGAGCCGUACGCGACCAGCCCAGACAAGGGCGCCGGAGCAGGCGCCGGCGCCGGUGCGUCCACCCGCCGCCGCUUCAGGACCGGCGCGGGACCCUCGUCCACCUUAUUCUUCACACGAGGCGCCACGACGACCGAGGGCGCCGGCGCCUUCGCCGCGUCCGCCCGGAACGCCCGCACGGCGCUGUCCUCCGCCGCCUUCGCUUUCGCUCGCCGCUCGUUGUCGGCCUGCUGCUGGCCCUUCGUGUACAUCAUGUCGCUGUGGUCGAAGGCCCCGCACUUAUCGAGCCAGUGCGGCACCUUGACGGCGGCCUCGCCGUCGGCCUCGAACUCGGGCGCGUCCUGGCUCCCGGCCAUGUUCUCGUGCACCGUGCGCAUGGACUGGCGCUCCUCCUCCUCUUCCUUGGUGAACUUGUAGCCGACCUUUUCGAGCUCCGCUUCUUGCUUCUUCGCGGCCCGGUCCCAGAAGGACUGGGCGGCGUUCGUGUGGCCGGCCAUGGUUUUUUUAUGAUGCCAAGCAAGAGGACCCCCGGCCCGCGGCACGAGGCCUUGUUUUGAGGGGCGGCUGCGGGUGCGGUCGGAUGCGGUGCUGGGCGCUAGCGGUCGCGCAGCGCGGCAGCAAUGCGACGAAGAUUACGUUGUGUGAAUCCAAGGAGCCAGUCACCGCUUAGCUCGGGCGAUGGCCUGUCCAACACUUU